AUGAAUAAUAACAGCUCAGGAGGCGGCGCGGUAUCAAAUGUACAGAGAUUCCCGUGGUCAGAGAAUCAAUAUGCGGAUAUUACCAUUCUUCGGCCCGAACUAGCUGGUAUUCGUGGUUCAAAUGUACCCAUUCAAACUCAUCAGAUUGCUCAGUGGUCUGGUUCUACCGCAACUAUCACGCUGGCAAACAAAUGGGUUCAAAAUUGCAUCAACAGCCAUGAAAGAUAUUCCCUAUAUAUUAUUCAAGAUGAUGGUGAUGAUUGGUUGAAAGAGUCUGCUCUUAUGGGCAAUGUCUAUGGCGGCUUUAGUCUUAACAUAGCUGCCACUGGAGCACGAAAUGGUAACGAUGGGUUAUUCUUCAAGAGGGAUCUGAAUUUGGUACGGACUGUGGAUUUGAUGACGCAAGUGGAAGACCAGAAGAACUGCUUUGGGGCCAAUGACUCUAAGAGAGACAACUUAAGGCUUGCAUGGGUUGAAUAUCUUGCAGGAAUAUGGAAGGAGCAUUUGCCUCACGCUCUAGUAUGGUCAGUAGAUGACAAAGAUGGAACAGGGCCACUUCCACUUCGGGGACCAAGUUGGUCUUGGGCGAGUAGAAAUGGACCUAUAAAACAUGAUAGGAUAUACUCUUUUGUCACAACACCUUAUGAUGACCGCCCGAGCCCUUGGGAGGCGGAUGGCUUUAAAGUUCUGGAUGUUCAGGUUCGGACAACUACACCUGAUUUAGACGGUCAUUGCCUUGGUAGAACAAUGCGUAUCGAGUGUGUCAAUCUACUGAAUGGAACCGAAACUUCUGGCGGAAAGAUAUUCUCGAGGAAUAAGCUGGGAAAUCCGAAACCUUUUCACGAAGGCAGCUCAAACAUUCAAUGUAGACCUCCACCUUUUUCCCCUCCAAUUCCUGGAGCUCACGACUGUGAAGAGGGGCUUAUAAUAGCUCCUGUCGCUAGCAAGAAGGGAGUCUUCACACGCGUGGGGAUUUAUCAAGUUCCAGCGUAUGGUGGAACUUUGCAAGGCUUCGAGAACUUGAGAAAUAAGGGCGAGCUUUCAUUUGAGAACAAGCUAUCGUUAUAUAAAGGAGUAUCAGGGGUUAAUAAAGCAGGACAUCAAACGUAUAUUAUCACUCUUGUCUAA